AUGGGGUACGCUGAGCUAGCCCGUCAGCGCCAAAGGCUGGAUGCCCUUUGGGUGACUCGAUUUCACCAUCUCCGCAACCAUCUCGGCGACGAGAAGUUCAACCACCUCACAGAUGCGGAGAAGACGAGCAAAUGGCAUGACUUGGACGCAUUCAAUCGUGCUAAGAAGAAGAGGAGAAGGAAUCUCGCCCGUCUUGCCGAAGAAAAGCGCCGGCCGCGGAAAAAGGCACAAGACCCUGGAAGUGAGUGGCGACAAAGGUUCCAGGCGGACCUGGGAUCUCGAUACCCGAUGGUGUGGCUGCAGUCAGACUCGUCAGAGUCAGAGUGGUCGCCCGAAGAUGACGAUCAAGUUGACACGCAGGUCGUGGCAACUGUGGGAGGAAAGCUGGCAGACAAGGAAGGUAGAAACGAGAAGGUUGAUCUAAAGGGCAUUGGGGCUGCGAAAAAGACCGGAAAGGGAUCCAAAAAGCGGAAGGCUCAAGUAACGUUCCUGUGCGAGGUUCUCAAAGAUUACUACAAGUUAUGCAAACAGCCGAGAAGCGAGGAGGGGGCAGCCGAAAUCAAGCUUAUGCUUCCAGAGGUCAACCAGUUGAUGUCCGCAGAGGUCGAGGGCCUCGAGGCUCUCAAGCCGGCCGCAAAGAAGCCUCGUUGCGGUCCUGGCCCGCCAAAAAAGGAAGCAGCCGCUCCUGAGCCGGCCUCGAGCCUGUCACCGCCGCCCACCUCGGGCUCAGAUCCCUUGGGACCCUCAGAGCAACCUGUCGCCUCCGCUGCGGAUUCUGGGGAGCUCCCCCCCACUGACGCCGCCGCCGUCGUUGUCCCCACUAUCACCAUCGAACCUCCCACGCCCGACAGCGAGACCAACAAGGGCCCUUUUGAGUCACCCCGCGCCAUCAAAGCGGCCACUGGCGCCAGAAAACCCGUUCGUUCCCGCAAGACAGUAACGGUAACCCCGGAACAAGACCCUGCUGCCCCUGCUUCUGGCGAGGCCACCCCAGCCGCCGCCCCUACUGCCACUACCAAAGCCGCGCCCAAGAGACGGGGCCGCCCUCCGAAGAACAAGGCAGUGACGGUGACUCCAGAGCAACAAUGUGCUGUCUCCGCCGCUACCACAACCCAAGAGCUCAAACCGGACAGCCAGCCCGCCAAAGACACGCCAAAGCCAGCCAAAAGACGCGGCCGCCCUCCCAAGAACAAGAAGUAA